CUGAAUGCAACAGUAAAGAGGAAGCGAACAUGGCGGACGCGCUCUCUGAUGGUGAAGCACCCGUGGUGAAGCCACCGCCCAAACGCCGCCGCAUACUCGACUCAUCGGCCAUCGUCCCCGUGCCCAUCUACUCUAACAAGGUCAACAGCAGUCUGAGUCUGAAGGCGGAGCUUCCUGCCUUGACAGAAAAAGAAAGAACAGACGAUGACGGUGUGGACAGUCUGUGGUUGCAGAUGUCGAGUCAAGCGACGAGAGCGGCCGCCUUAGUGAUCAGCGACUCUGAGGAGGAACAGGAAGUGCAGCUGGUGGACGACAGCAGAGACAAGGGAGGGUGCCGCUCGCAGUCUCCUCCACCUCCCCCAUCAGAGAUUCCCGUGCAAAAACAGUCCCGAAAUUUCCAGAAGAAGAUCAAUGAGGUGGACAGGAAACUGCGGGCCAUCAGCGCCACCCUCUCGCCUGAGGGGCGGGACGUGGGCCUCAGACGGCGGCGAGGUCGCAUUCCUGAGCAAGAUGAGGACGAUGUCGUCAUUUUAGAGAUGGAGCCACGUGAUCUGUGGGCGCAGGAAAGCCGUCUGAAGGUGCGAUGUCGCACGGACGUCUACAAGCUUUCUGUGCUUUCGACGACGUCUGUGGGCGAGGUCGCCAGUCAGCUGUCAGCUAUCCUUCAAGUGCCUAGCCACCGCCUCCUGCUGCUGAGGGAGGAGGCGGAGCUUCCUAGCCAUGCCAGCAUCAGCGAGCUGGGCCUCGGUAUCACCGACAUCUUAGAGUGUGUUGUCAUGGCGACGGAGCAGGUUGGCAUCAUCACGGUGCGUCUGCAGGGCAAAGAGCGAGGCUCCACGCGCGACUUCUCUGUGCACAAAGAGGCGGAGCUAGGUUCCAUCUUCUCACAGUACGUGUCAGCGAUGCCUGCCAGCGCCAGACGAAAAGUGCAGUUUCACUUUGAUGGCUGCAAGGUGACGGCCAAACAGACGCCUGCACAACUGGACAUGGAGGAUGGUGACAUCAUUGAGGUGUGGAUGUGAGGCUGCACAGGUCGUCAAAAGAAAAGCCCAAUUAAAUGUUGUAAAUGCUGCAGAAAGAAAAUAUUUUUUUUGGUUGAAAAGACUUUAAUUUUCCAUUGAAGCAAAUAAAGACAUUGUUGUGCUGUAA